UACUACUGCGCUAUUCUUGACAGCGACGCGAGCUCACCCUCUCAAACGUGCAAUUCAACAAGCUGAGAAGACUUUUCAUAUUUGUCAAAGUCCGCCAUGAAAGCCAUCAGUCCCGUUCGCUCAGGGAGGAGCUGCUACAAGGCCGUGUGCUGCAUUUCGGAGCACAGCGUGGCUAUCGGCCGGACGGCGAAGCAGCAACAGCACGCGUGCGUGGAGGUUCAGGCUGGCGACAUGAACGACUGCUACUCGCGGUUGGCCGCGCUGGUGCCCAGCAUCCCCCGCAACAAGACGGUGAGCCAGGUGGAGAUUCUGCAACACGUCAUCGACUACAUCUUCGAUCUACAGAUCGCCUUGGAGGCCGAAGAGACCCCGAGGCUCUUGUCGAUAAAGACUGCUGACCUGACCAGAACUUUCUCCAAAGAUGAAGGGCGUUUGUGCCAUUAGGAUAUAUCAUGUCUGAUUAUGGUGCAGGGAAACACAUGUCUCCACUUCACUGCAGGCCAGAAGAGCACAAGCGGUGGGGGGAAGGGGGGGGAGAGAGGGUGGGUUAGGUAUGCAGAAGAGAUGGAAAGCGCUGAUUCUUUUUCUGCUCGCUCCGUCCGGGAUGGACACAUCAACACACCAAAGCUUCAUCAGGCCAGGCCUCCAUUUUGGACCCAUUCUUCUUCUGCACCUUCAAAUAUUUGCAUUCCAGCUGUCACCCGUAUUUCUUUUCUCACCUCCAUAGAACACGUGUACAUAUCUAUUCGGUUUGUAUGCGAGUUUUUUUUUUUUUUAGAUCAUAACAAUCCAGAAACUCUAUAAUAGAGUUACUUGUAAGAUGUCUGUGGGGAUUGUUGUGUUAUUUCCACAGAUGAUAAUCUACUGAGUUUCAUAAACUCGUUAUUGUAAAGUUUGUUGUGUGUAUUACGUAUGAUGUUAUGUCAUUAAAUAAACAAAGUUUAAAACAAACAAAA